AUGAGCGGGAGCGGCGGGAGCAGGGCCCUGGAGCUGCUGCGGUCGCUGCCCAGGGUCAGCCUGGCCAACCUGAGGCCCAGUCUGGGCUCCAAAAAGCCGGAGAAAAGACGUGGCCGUGGAAGAUACGGAGGCAGGAAGUGUGGCCGAGGUCACAAAGGAGAAAGACAAAGAGGAAAUCGCCCCCGGCUGGGCUUUGAGGGUGGCCAGACUCCAUUUUACUUGGUGAUACCCAAGUAUGGGUUUAAUGAGGGACAUAGCCGCAGACGUCGGUAUCAACCGCUCAGUCUUCAGAGGCUGCAGUACCUGAUUGAUUUGGGUCGAGUUGACCCCACGCAACCCAUCGACUUAACACAGCUCACUAAUGCCAGAGGUGUGACAGUGCAACAUCUCAAGAGGGAUUAUGGAGUCCAGCUGGUGGAGGAGGGUGCUGACAUUUUUUCAGCAAAAGUAAAUAUUGAAGUGCAGAGGGCAUCAGAAUUAGCAAUUGCAGCCAUAGAAAGGAAUGGAGGUGUUGUAACAACAUCAUUCUACGAUCCGAGGAGCUUGGAAAUCUUAUGUAAGCCGGUAUUAUUUUUCCUGCGUGGCCAGCCUAUCCCAAAGCGAAUGCUCCCACCUGAAGAUCUCGUGCGUUACUACACAGAUGCCAGCAGUCGUGGCUACCUCGCAGAUCCAUCCAAGGUUGCAGAAGCCAGGCUUGAACUGGCCAAGAAAUAUGGCUACAUCUUACCAGACAUAACCAAGGAUGAGCUCUUCAACAUGUUAAGCAUGCGCAAAGAUCCGAGGCAGAUAUUUUUUGGUCUCGCUCCAGGAUGGAUCAUAAACAUGACAGACAAGAAAAUUCUCAAACCAACAGAUGAGAAGCUGUUAAAAUACUAUAGCUCAUGAAUUCAGGGCUGGAGAGAACUGCAGGUGUACAGGAAACAUCUGGGUAUGAAAUAAUGGAUACCAAGUGGUGUUUGUUUUUUUUGAGACUCCUGUUAUACUAGACAAAACAAAUUUUUGUUUAUGUAAUCUUCUGGUGUAGCUCUCAACUGGUUUAUUGUCAUAAUACU